CUCGCACCCUGCCAGCAGUGACUGGGUUUCACUAUUAAAGCUGAUCAGCCUGGCUGAGCAUUUCACUGUAGCCACGUCACACCUUGGGCAUGGUCUUUUCCUCCACACGAGCCAAAGAUGUCACAGUCCGACGCAGAUAGAAAGACGAUAACUUGACGGGGAACCCAACCAUCUACCUUCCCAGAUGCGUCUAUCUUCUCGGAGCAUCGUUUACAGACUGGGUGCCGUUGGAGUAGGCUGCUAGGGGAAUAGUUUCGUGCGCUCUCCUCUCCUCUGCACGCCUCCGUCCCUUCCCUCGGCAAUGUUUUGUUUCGUUCUCCCAUUACCCAACCCCGCCGUCUGUCAUUUAUGAACUUUUAGCGCCGCUGUGCAACAGUUUCUCCGCACCCAGUUCGCGGAAGACUAUGAAGACCACGCGGAAAUGCCGCGCUCUGCUCUCGGUUGGACUCAACCUGGUCGCGCUGUUUUUUUCCACCACCGCGUUCAUUACGACGUACUGGUGCGAGGGCACUCAGCGCGUCCCCAAGCCCAACUGCAGCAAGCAGCGGCGGCACAACUGCAUCGACAACGGCACGAACGAGACAGACAAGAGCAAGGUCCACUACAGCUGGGAGACCGGAGACGAUCGCUUUCUGUUCCGCCGUUUCCACACCGGGAUCUGGUACUCCUGCGAGGAGAACAUUCACGGUCCAGGUGAGAAGUGUCGUAGCUUCAUUGAUCUGGCUCCGGCUUCAGAGAGAGGAGUCCUGUGGCUGUCGGUGGUAUCAGAGGUACUAUACAUCAUGCUGUUGGUGGUUGGGUUCAGUCUCAUGUGUCUGGAGCUGUUUCAUUCCAGCAACGUCAUCGAUGGACUUAAACUCAACGCCUUCGCUGCUGUUUUCACCGUGCUUUCAGGUCUGCUAGGCAUGGUGGCCCACAUGAUGUACACCCAGGUUUUCCAGAUCACAGUUAGUCUGGGUCCUGAAGACUGGAGACCCCACUCCUGGGACUAUGGAUGGUCCUUCUGCCUGGCAUGGGGCUCCUUCACCUGCUGCAUGGCAGCUUCCGUCACCACCCUCAACUCCUACACCAAGACGGUCAUCGAGUUCCGGCACAAACGCAAACUGUUCGAGCAGGGUCUCAGGGAGGAGCAGAACUACCUCGACCAGGAGGCCUUCCAUUACUUCAGGGACCACUCCCUCCAGUCCAUAUCCAGCUCCAUGGAGGUCUACCCUGGGCACGGGGGAGGAAGGCUGCCUGGGGGGCCUGGAGGCCUGGCGGGGUCCGGGCUGGUUGGAGUACCAGGGAGAGGGAAGAUUAGGGGGUCCUCAGGUUCCAUCGACCUGGGAGAGAACUCUGAGUCCCUGGGGGAGGAACAGUGCUGAGAGAGCGGGGGGGGGGGGAAGAGGGUUGGGAAGUGGAGGGUCGCGAAAUUCUAGUAACUUUCCAAAAAUUCCAAGGUUUUCCGGAAAUCCUGGUUGUAAAAAACGGGGACUCAGUUGGGAAUAAAAAGCAUAAAAUUGGGAAUCCUACAACCAGGAGGAAAAACCUGUGGAUUUACAACCCUAGUGUUGAGAAGUUGAUGAAGACGAUGCCGAUCUCGGAUCAGUUUUGUAUUUUGGGCACCAAUGGUUCAGGUUAGGAGAGGUGUAUAUAGUGUCAUGCUUUGGUCUGAACAAGUAGUGCACUAUACUGUAUACUGUAUACAGUGCCACUUUUGAGUGGUGGGUGUUUGUUUUCCGUGUGAGUGUUUGUCGCCACACGGUACUGUUUCGGUUGAGUUGUGGGUGUUUGUUUCCGUGUCAGUGUUUGUCGCCACACGGUACUGUUCCGGUUCAUGUUCGCGUUUAUUGUUUUGUUUUUCAUAGUGUUCAGUUCAUAUCUUAUAAUAAACGUUAUGGACACCUA